AUGUUCCCCAAAUUCCUCAAAACCCCUCGAUCGCCCGACAAGAAGAAGCCCAAGAGCAGCCCGCACGACGAGCGGCCACCGGCCCCCGAGCCCAGCACCACCACUCCUAGCACUGCUCCUCCUCCUCCUCCUCCUCGCCGCCACCACAGCCAGCGCCAGACGCCUGCCACUGCCGCCCCGCGCAGCGUCUCGGACGGCCCUGAGCCCGCCUCGCCGCGCCGUCCGCCGCCGGCCAACCCACCGCCGCCGCGCUCGCACCUCCGGUCGUCGUCCACCUGGAGCUCGCGCGACACCCGCAGCCCGCCGCCCGUGCCCGCCUCCGCGCCCGCCGCCAGCCCGCCCAAGCGCCGCUCCAAACGCGCCUCGCGCUACACCUACGACGACCACCCGCUCAACCUGCCGCCUGACGAGCUGCGCCGCCUGUCCGCCAUGGCUGCCGCCCGCGACGACGCCCGCCGCUCCCUCGAUGACCUGCCCGACCAGCCGGACACUGCUACCACCACUACCACCACCGCCCCGACCUCGCCCGCCUCGGCUGCCACGCCUACCAUGAACUCGCCUGCUACCUCCAACACCACCGAGCCCAGCAGCGUGCGUUCUAAGCGUAGCGCGGAGGAGCGUAGUCCGACCCCGCCGCCGCACAUCGUAACGCCGCCUGCUGUGGAUGCGGAGGCCUGCAAGCUGGCUGGGAACAAGUUUUUCAAGGCCGGCGAGUAUCAGAGAGCAAUUCUUGAGUAUACCAAAGCGGUGGAGGCUCAGCCGACAUCAUCCACCUACCUGUCGAAUCGUGCCGCUGCCUACAUCUCUGCCAAUAGGUACCAUGAAGCGCUGGAGGACUGUAAGCGUGCCGAUGAGCUGGAGCCCGCAAACCCUAAGAUCAUGCACCGGUUAGCACGCAUAUACACAGCUCUGGGCCGGCCCGCCGAGGCUGUGAACAUCUAUGCGGAAAUCAAACCCUCUGCCUCUGCAAAAGACAAGGCCCCUGCACAAACUAUGCUGCGCUUAGUUACGCAGGCCGAAGAGAUGUUGAAGCAGGACAAGGGUGGUGGUUCCAUGGUGCUCUACUCGCUGGACCAGGCCGUCAAAGGAUUAGGCGCGGGCAUGACACAGCCUCGGAAAUGGCUCCUCAUGCGAAUCGAGGCGUACUUGAAAAUGGGCAACGUGAAUUCGCUGGGAGAUGCGCAGAACCUUGCCAUGUCCUUGCUGCGGGACAACAACCAAGACCCCGAUGCGCUGCUGCUGCGCGGCCGCUUGUUCUAUCUCCAGGGCGAUAAUGAGCAGGCCAUCAAACAUUUCAAACGCGCGCUGAGUCUGGACCCGGACUCGACGCAGACGGUGAAAUACCUGCGCAUGGUGCAGAAGCUGCUGCGGACCAAGGAGCAGGGAAAUACAGCGUUUAAAGCUAAGCGGUACCGAGAGGCGAUCAGUUUAUACACGGCCGGUCUCGAGAUCGACCCAAGCAACAAAGAUAUCAAUUCCAAGCUCCUACAGAACCGCGCCCAAGCACAUGUUAAUCUUAAUGAAUAUGAAAAGGCCAUCGAAGACUGCACCAAGGCGCUCGCCCUCGAUCCCGCCUACUCCAAAGCGAAGCGCGUCCGCGCUAAAGCCUACGGCGGCACGGGUGACUGGGAAAAAGCGGUCAACGAGCUGAAGAGCAUCGCGGAGAGCAGCCCUGGCGAGAAGGGCAUCCAGGAGGAAAUCCGCAACGCCGAGUGGGAGCUCAAGAAGAGCCAGCGCAAAGACUACUAUAAGAUCCUUGGCGUCGACAAGACCGCGACGGAGCAGGAGAUCAAGAAGGCCUAUCGCAAACUGGCCAUCCAGCACCAUCCGGACAAGAACCGCGAUGGGGACAAGGGUGAUGAGCUGUUCAAGGAGAUUGGGGAGGCAUAUGAGGUUUUGAGUGAUCCACAGAAACGAGCGGGCUAUGAUAAUGGUGAAGACCUCAUGGACCCUAAUGACAUCUUCGCCCAGGGUGGGUUUGGCCACAUGGGCGGCAUGGGUGGCAUGGGGGGUAUGGGUGGUGGCCAGAACGUGCACAUCGAUCCAAACAUCCUGUUCAACAUGAUGAAUGGCGGCGGUGGCGGGUUCGCACGAGGCGGCCAUAACCCCUUUGAACAUGCCCACAGAUGGUGA